UUUUUUUUUCCCCUCCGAUAUUUUGUAGUGAAUUAACUUGAAGUACUAGCCCGAUGUCAGCAGCUGCAAAUGAUGGCGGAUCGGCCCAAGCGGUCCUGAAGAAGAGAAAGAGAAAGAGAUCUAACAAGAAAAGUGGAGACUCUGAAAGUAUUAGCCAAAGUCCAGUGGUUGUAGAAACUCAUGAGAAACAAAUUCAGAAUAAAAAGAUGAAGUUUGACGAUGAUGUGACCAAGGAGGAAGUAAAGGAGACCAUUAAGGAACCUGAAUUAGUUCCUGAAGUGAUCCAAGAUGCUGGAAAGGAGUCAAACAUAGCUCUGGAUGCAGACAUCUCCUCAGUAGUAAUUGAACCAAAAUCAAUUCCAAAGUCCAGAGCAUCAAAGAAAAAACCAAAGAAGAAGUCUAAAACUGUCAAGUACUUUGAUAAGGAAGAAUUCGACGACGAUGAUGAUGAUGUGAACGAAAAUUUAUACCAUAACAAUAACCAGCCUGUAAAUUUGUAUGAGCUUCAACAAAGAGCAAAGGCACUUAUGGAAGUUCGUGAGAAACUUCCAAUUCACCAACAUCGUACUGAAAUCAUAGAUUAUAUCCAAAAGAACCAAGUGACAGUAAUCAUUGGUGAGACCGGUUCUGGUAAAUCUACACAAAUUCCGCAAUAUCUUAUGCCAUUGAACCGCAAACAAAUUGCCGUGACCCAACCUAGAAGGGUUGCUGCGUCUUCUUUGGCAGCAAGAGUGAGUGAAGAAUAUGGGUGUACCUUGGGACACGAAGUUGGUUACCAAGUUCGUUUUGCUAAUGUAUCGACCCAUAAAACCAAGUUGAAAUAUCUCACAGAUGGUAUGCUUUUGAGAGAAAUCAUGUUGGAUUCUUCUUUGGCCAAAUACACCACUAUUAUCAUUGAUGAAGCCCACGAAAGAACAAUUUUAACUGAUCUUAUUAUGGGGUUCUUGAAGGAAUUGCUUUUGAGUGGGAAGAGAAAGGAUUUAAAGGUAGUUAUCAUGUCUGCCACUUUAAACGCUGAGCUUUUCAGUAAAUUUUUUGACCACGCUCCAAUUUUGUUUGUAGAAGGUAAGAUGUAUCCUGUUACCAAGAACUAUUUAGGGGACGGAGAUACACAAGAAGAUAUCGUCGAAACUAUGGUACGAUGUGUGGUACAGGUGAAUAUGGCUGAACAGGAAGGUGAUAUUCUUUGCUUCUUGCCCGGUCAAGAAGAAAUUGACAAUUGUGUUACAUUUCUUCAAAAAAUAGCCCCAUUAUUACCAAAGGAAGCGCCUCAAAUUGUAGCAAUGCCACUUUAUGCCGCUUUAUCUCCACAACAACAACAAGCUAUCUUUCUGAAAUUGAAAGGACGUAAGCGGAAGGUUAUUUUGGCAACUAAUAUUGCAGAAACUUCCAUUACAGUCAGUGGAGUCAAAUAUGUCAUAGAUUCUGGUUUACGGAAAAUUAAAGUAUGGAGACACCUGCUUGGUCUUUCUACAUUAUUAACUACCCCUAUCUCCCAAGCUUCAGCCAAACAAAGAGCCGGUAGAGCCGGUAGAGAAAGUAGUGGAAAAGUGUUUAGAUUGUAUUCAGAGAAACUCUUUCUUGAGAAAUUACCAAAGCAACAAGAGUCUGAAAUCAUGAGAAAUGAUAUUGUUCUUCCAGUGUUAACGUUGAAGAAAAUCGGGGUGGAUGAUCUAUUGAAUUGGUCAUGGUUAGAGCAUCCUGGGAAGGAAGCUAUUUUGAGUGCAUUGUCUACAUUGUAUUCAUUGGGUUCCUUGAACGAUCAAGGGAAGAUUACAUCAUUGGGGGUCAAAAUGGCUACAUUACCACUUCCUCCACAAUUAUCGGUCGUCCUUCUUACGGCCUUAGAUCGUGGAGUACUCGGGCAAGUGAUUGAUAUUACUGCAUGUCUCUCUGUUGACAAUUUAAUUUUGAAUGUGGGCCUGGGAGAUGGUGAAUUACGAGAUGAAGUGAAUUUCAAGAGAAGACAAUAUUGCCCAUUAGGUGUUAAACUGGGUGAUUUGAUUGCAUUGAAAGAGUAUUUCAAUUACUACAUGGAACUUUCUAAGAAGAAGGAUAAUGCUGAAGUAAAGGAUUGGUGUAAGGAAAUGCAUUUCAGUUACAAGGGAUUCAAGAAUGUUCUUAAAGUAAGAAACCAAUUAAAAGAUUACAUGGUUGCAACUAUACGACAAGAUGACCAAAUAGAGUCUAUUGAGAAAGAAAAACAACUUCGUAACUUGAGACAUCAACUCCAGUCACAACAUAGUGUAGAAGACAGCUCAGAUGAUGAAAAUAAUAUUUCUGAUUUGAAUCUGUCCAUGGAUAUUCCUGCCAUUCUCAAAUCUUUCUUGAAAGGUUAUGUCACCAAUACAGCUAUAGGUAUGCCAGACAGAUCAUAUCGUACAGUUACUACUGGUCAACUUAUCAGCAUCCAUCCAUCUUCCAACUUGUUUGGUAAAGUUAAUCUUGAUGCUGUCAUGUAUAUGGAAUAUGUCUUUACUACAAAGGGAUACGGUCGUAAUUGCUCGGUUAUUGAAUUAGGAUGGCUUCAAGAGACUGCUCCACAACUUUUGGGUGCCGCUAAGGUACAUAUUGAGUAGAUAGACGGUUAAGAAUAAAUUAAUAG